AUGAGGCGUUGUGUUAGAGCAGCCACCACGCCGCCGGCAGCCCCGUGGAGAGCCGGCUCUUCAUUCAUACCUAUCUGGCGUUUCUCGGCCUUCUACUCAUCGUCGAAGUUCAUUGGGCGAAGAUCAAGUGGCUCGAAGAAACUUGGUGCUUUUCCGCGCAUGCCGCACGCCGUAAAGAAGUCGUCCACAGACGUCCCUAGGGCAGCGGAGUCGCCAGUGGACACCACUGCAGUGCAAACAAGCGUCAUAGAAGAAGACAAGGAAGAGGAACAGCCACAUAUGUGUAAUAACAAACGCACAAAGAGCAAGAGGUCAAGUCAGCCCUGCACUGAAGCAAAGCAGUGUAGCAAUAGCAGGGAAGGGAAGCAAGCAGUAGCGGUGACGGGUACCAAGUCGUGUAACCCCAGUGAGGGCUCAACCGCCCAAUGUCUCCCAUGUGUUACCGACGACAAAAACACUCAAAAGAAGGAGCGGGAGGGGGAAAACGUUUGCCUCGUCGACCGAGCCGUCGUUUUGAAGCUCUUUGUGGUGUCAGAUGCCUUGGCCUUCAUGUUUGCCACAUCUCCGAAGGACCAGCGUUGCGUCAACUGGCAUUUGAAGAAAGUUGACCAGUCGGUCAUUAUGCAGCCGCCGACUCAGGCACCACGUUCGCAACACAAGGGUCAGGAAGGUAUCACUGACAACGACUCAAAUAGUAAGGACAAAAAGGACGCGAGAAGAGAGAGCCGGAGUCGACGGAGGGAGCAGCGGAAUGCUGUAACGAGGGAGUAUAAUAUCGCCCUUCGCGUCUUGUCCGAGGAAAGCGCGGACAACGUUCACUACAUUCACGUACGGGAAAUGGAGCGCCUCGUACCGCCGGCUGACGUGCUGCCUAGGAAUGCAAUGUCAACGGUAUUGGCUUCAAAGAAAGGUAAUGAAAACUCCAAACGUCGUCAGUCCAGUGAAAAGCGAAAUAGCAAGGUUCAAAAAGGCAGAGGCACAUCGCCUGCAGAACCUUCCGCGGCGGCGCUGGAGGCUCUCGGGCGCGUUAUGGCGUUGAGACAGUGGCAGACUGCAGCUCUGCGAAAAGCACAGGAAUCACAGAGGUUGCAUGCAUUACCACCGGCAUGCCACGCUAUCACGCACGUUUACAUGAACGACCCAUCGUUGCCGGACACAACGGUGGUGCAAGGAUGCAAUAUUAAAAAGUCGGUCACGGAUAUUCUUGACUUGAUGAAGCAGAGUACUGUCAGUGGCAACCUCCUUGGUUUUGUAAAUCUCCACAAGGGCAGGAAAUCAUCAUCAUCGGGAAACAAGGGAACCACGCCCUCGGCCACUCUCUCCAUGCCCUUCGAGCUGAAACCGUUGUUGAGCGUGGUAGCGAGUUGUAUACCCCGUAGUGAUGCCGCGCUAGGUGUCCGGUUCGACGAAGAUGGCUUCCUUAGGUCCGUGCUCCAGCGGCAUUCGCGCAAGUCAGGAAGCAAUGAGCCCACUACAGCGGUGGCACAGGUAGUAAGUGAGGAAGAGCGCCAGACAGCCACAGAUCGGGAGUUAUCGGCCCGCCGGGUUCCACCGGUCCCCCGUUACACCACUCGCGUGGUUCUUCUUAUUGACUACGACAGUUCGGAGUCAUGGGAUUUACACUCAGAUGGGGUGUCUAGUGAAACAAAGGCGAAAAGCGCGAAGGGUGACAGUGGCGAGGAGGUCGUGAAUAGGCGGCGGCGGCGAAAGGAACCUCAUAUUUACUGUCUUAUUGCAGAUGGAGGAGAAGUGUGA